AUGAUGUGGUUCGGCGGCUCCAUCCCGGCCGCCAUCGCCGCUGCCAAGCAGCGGAGCUCCGUCUUCGUCGUGUUCGUGUCAGGUGAGGAUGAACAAUCUUCUGAGAUGGCUGCAAGGUGGGAAGAUGAGAAAGUGACUGAAGCUGCCUCAGAUGGUUUUGUUGCUAUUAAAAUUGACAGCAAAAGUGAGGCAUGCCUGCAGUUUUCUCAAAUUUAUCCCGUAGUGUGUGUUCCAUCAAGUUUUUUUAUAGGAGACAAUGGAAUCCCUUUGGAAGUAAUUGCUGGCAGUGUUUCAGUUGAAGAGCUUGUUACCAGAAUCCAUAAAGUUAAACAGAUGCACACACUAAAAGGGCAGCCCUUGGAAAACGGAAGUCAAUCAUCUCCAUGUCCCUCCUCUCAAUCUAAUGGUGCUCCAGAAAACACACAAUCCAGAACAGUAGAGUGUUGUGACUCUCCUGUCCCGUCUGAGACAAUAAGACCUCCUGCUGUUGAAGAUGGAGCAGAUUCAGGUCAAGCAAGCCGGGAAGCAGCUAAUUCUUUAGAUGAACAAAUGAGUGAUGCUCAGCCUGUGAAUGAUCUUGCACUCAAAGUAGAAAGACUAACAAAAAAGCUUGAAGAAAGACGAGAAGAGAAACGGAAAGAAGAAGAACAGAAAGAAAUUAAGAAAGAAAUUGAACGGAGGAAAACUGGUAAAGAAAUGUUGGAGUACAAGAGACGACAGGAAGAAGAAUUGACAAAGCGUAUGUUAGAGGAAAGGAACAGAGAAAAGGCAGAAGAGAGGGCUGCUAGGGAGCGUAUAAGACAACAGAUUGCAAUGGAUCGUGCGGAGAGAGCAGCUCGCUUCGCAAAAACAAAAGAAGAAGCAGAAGCUGCAAAAGCUGCAGCUCUUCAGGCUAAACAGGCUGAAUUAGAGGCCAGAAAAGAAGCAUCUCAGAGGGAGCGAAGUGCAAUAGCCAGGAUCCAGUUCCGCCUCCCAGAUGGAUCUUCCUUUACUAACCAGUUCCCAUCUGAAGCACGGCUGGAAGAAGCAAGGCAGUUUGCUGCACAGACGGUUGGUAAUGCUUAUGGCAAUUUUUCACUGGCGACAAUGUUUCCCAGAAGGGAGUUUACCAAAGAAGAUUAUGGAAAGAAGUUACUGGAACUAGAGUUAGCACCCAGUGCUUCAGUAGUGCUCCUGCCGGCAGGAAGACCUGCUACUUCUGUUGUUCAGGCUUCAGGCAGUGACCUGUGGAAGUUCUUGGGCACAAUACUUUAUCCUCUUUUAGCGGUUUGGAGAUUUAUUAGCAACUUCCUGUUUACAAGUCCACCCCCCCCACAGUCUGCUGUGAGGUCAGCUCAUCAGCAAGACCACUCCAAUCCUUCAACAUCUACCAGCAUGGAGCAAAGCAGGCAAGCAGUCAGGAAACGAGUCAUGGAAAAGCGGGGCGAAGACUUCAAAAAAGAAGGCAAAAUAUAUAGACUGAGGACGCAAGAUGAUGGAGAAGAUGAAAACAAUACUUGGAAUGGAAAUUCUACACAACAAAUGUAGUUUUAAGUAACUCCAGUAAUUGGUGUCUGGCUUUUUUUU